GUUUGAGAAUAUUCUGGCUCAAGAAUGUAGAUCCGCCCGCAGAAAAUGUAGUUGGCACGCGAUCCAACGAGGAUCCCUCAGGAGGAAGAGCAACAGAGAAAGAAAGAAUUUUGAGUUGAAGCGAAGAGUGAAAGUGUUUCAGCGACUAACCGUCUCUCGCUUCCUUCUUUCCGUCAUCAAACUUCUAUUCCACCCUUCUCUCUCUCUCUCUCUCUCUCUCUCUCUCUCAUUUCAUUCAAUUUCAAUCCAACCUUUUUCAGUCUCGCUACCUGUUUUCCUGCGCCACCAAGCUACCACCUUUUUUUUUUUUUUUUAAAUUUUAUUUAUUUAUUUCAUUUUCUAAUAAAUUGAAGUCCGUGAGGAACUUUGGUUUUCGAAUCGAGAAGCUGAAGAUCUAAUCUGGGGUAUUUCUCCAUGGAGAACUCGGAGGAGGAGAAGGUCGUCGCCGUCAUCAUGGUGGGCGGACCCACCAAAGGGACUAGAUUCCGGCCACUUUCUUUCAAUACUCCGAAGCCACUGUUUCCGUUGGCUGGGCAGCCAAUGGUUCACCACCCCAUUUCAGCUUGUAAAAGGAUACCCAAUUUGGCACAAAUAUUUCUAAUUGGAUUCUACGAGGAACGCGAAUUCGCAUUAUAUGUCUCGUCGAUCUCAAAUGAGCUUAAAGUGCCAGUGAGAUACUUAAAAGAAGACAAACCGCAUGGUUCUGCUGGUGGCCUUUAUUACUUUAGAGAUUUGAUAUUGGAGGAUAACCCGUCGCAUAUCUUUCUGCUGAAUUGUGAUGUUUGCUGCAAUUUUCCCUUGCCCGACAUGCUUGAGGCUCAUAAAGGAUACGGUGGGAUGGGAACAAUGUUAGUUAUCAAGGUUUCUGCUGAAUCUGCUUACCAGUUUGGUGAGCUGGUCGCUGAUCCAAUCACCAAAGAACUGUUGCAUUACACAGAGAAACCUGAAACUUUUGUGAGUGAUUUGAUAAAUUGUGGUGUCUAUAUCUUUACUCCAGAGAUCUUUACUGCCAUCCAAGACGUCUCCACUCAUAGGGAAGAUAGAGCUAAUUUACGCCGUGUUUCCAGCUUUGAAGCCCUUCAAUCUGCAACAAGCAGGACACUUCCUACAGAUUUUGUAAGGCUGGAUCAAGAUAUUUUGUCACCUCUUGCUGGAAAGAAGCAAUUAUAUACAUAUGAGACCAUGGAUUUCUGGGAACAAAUUAAGACUCCAGGGAUGUCUUUGCGAUGUUCGGCUUUGUAUCUUGCCCAAUUUCGACUUACCUCCCCCCAUCUUUUGGCUGGUGGAGAUGGAAACAAGAGUGCUACUAUCAUUGGUGAUGUUUAUGUUCAUCCAUCAGCAAAAGUACAUCCAACUGCAAAGAUAGGCCCCAAUGUCUCUAUUUCAGCAAAUGUCCGGGUAGGUGCAGGGGUAAGGCUUAUAAGUUGCAUCAUCUUGGAUGAUGUUGAAAUUAAGGAAAAUGCGGUUGUAAUGCAUUCCAUUGUUGGAUGGAAGUCAUCUAUUGGGAAAUGGUCACGUGUCCAGGCUGAUGGAGACUAUAACGCAAAGCUCGGAAUUACCAUCCUUGGAGAAGCAGUGACUGUUGAAGAUGAAGUUGUGGUGAUCAAUAGCAUUGUUCUACCGAAUAAGACUCUUAAUGUCAGUGUACAGGAAGAGAUCAUUUUGUAAUAGUGAGAAGAAAAUCUGCACAAGGCCUCUAGUUUUGUUGUAUGCCUUUUCUUGGAUUAGAAGUGGUUUUGUAUGAUCGAGGUACCCAUCAUCUAGGAACGAUUUUUUAUCAUUAUUAUUAUUCCGGAUCAGUAAAUGAAAGAACUUAGUCAUGGUUUUUUUUGUCACGCAGUUGGUUACAUUUUGUAGACAAUUUUUUUCUGACAAUAAUAAAGGAAAGAUUUGAAAUGCUUUCUUAUCAA